AUGGCACGUGGUACGGAAAGAAGAAGGCAGACGUUCCUGAGCAGAUGAAUUAUAAGACCCAACCAGAAUUGUUAAGCAAGACACUAAAAUGAGUGUAAAUAUCUGUCUCUUUCAAGGUAAAACAAGUUUGUGACAGCAUGUGACUGACGGGGAGAAGAGUGAUGCAAAGACGUUCAUGACUGUUCGACAGACAUCUUUUAUGUCAGACUGUCAGAGUGAAAUAGUACUGAAGAUUGUUGGUUUUCCUGAAGAGCUCUGUUGUCCAAUCAAGCACCAAGAACAAAGCAUGUGACCAGGACUUGUUUGGGGGAGAUAAUGGAAUCAACAGAGUUGUCUGUGGAACCUCAAGUGUCUCCUGAAUUACAUCUUUCUCCAAAUCCUCAGUUGAUUUCUGAAAAUACAUCUCCAGAGCCUCAAGCUUCACUCCUUGAUGCAUCAGAGGAGGUGUGCCAAGACCCCCAAAACCAGCAAGAAGCCAUGACACCAACAUCCCCAGAUUUCCCAGAUUCUCAGAUAUCCAGCAGCGAGGACCCAGCUGUCACAGAGGAUGAAGACCUUACCCCAGGUAAUAAGUAUCCAUCGAUCUUUGACCCUUUGAUGGUCGAAGAGUUGAGUUUUGGUGACGAGUUAGACUUACAACAGUUCUAUAACGGUCAGACUCUUGGAAUUGUGUCAGAAUUGGGAGGUGACGAGCAGGGCAGGAAGACAAGGAAAUAUCCAUGCACCAUUUGUGGUAAGCGAUUUCGCUUCAAUAGCAUUCUGUCCCUUCAUAUGAGAAUCCAUACAGGGGAGAAACCCUUCAAGUGUCCAUACUGUGGGCAUAGGGCAGCCCAAAAGGGAAACCUGAAAAUCCAUUUACGAACUCAUAAGUUAAACAGUGAAGGAAAGGGUCCAGGACGACUGAGUGAUGAAAACAGACUACUUCUGGAGCUUGAAGAGAGAGCUAUCAUGAGAGACAGACAGAUGAGGAGAGUUGAUGUGCCACAGCUUCCCUCUCAGAAAGUUGAAGAACUUAUCCCAGAGGCUCCGCCAGAGCCCUCACAUGUUGAUCUUUACUCUUCCAUGUUGCCUUCAGAAGACCCUGAAAUUGUUACAGUGAUCCCCACUGCACCAAUAGAGAGCCCAGUUGCACAAGAGGAACUUAUACCUGUCACCCCUGUUGUUGUCCCCACCCCUGUGAGUAGCACAGUUGUCACUGUGCCUGGUUUCCGUUGCACCUUUUGUAAGGGGAAGUUCAAGAAACGUGAGGAGCUGGAACGUCACAUUCGCAUUCUUCAUAAACCUUACAAAUGUACUCUUUGUGACUUUGCUGCAUCACUAGAAGAAGACUUGGUUGAGCAUGUAGAGAAAGUGCAUAUUGCUACAGAGACUCCUCAAGGGCGGGCAGUUGGAGCAGAGCCAGCUGCCCCAGAAUUUCGCUGUGAGGUAUGUGGGCAGGCUUUUACUCAGUCAUGGUUCUUGAAGGGGCAUAUGCGUAAACAUAAAGACUCAUUUGAUCACAAGUGUCAAAUCUGUGGGCGUUGUUUUAAAGAGCCUUGGUUCCUCAAAAAUCACAUGAAGGUUCACCUUAACAAACUUGGCUUGAAGGUGAUGACUCAGAAAGAGACAAAGGCUCUUCCAGCACAUAAAAAAAUGGCAAAUGAAAUCAAUAUACUGGGGUACGAAGCUCUGUACUCUGGUUUCUUCCUAACAAGCAAUAAGACCCAUGAUGAAAGCUCAACUGUGCAGGGGAAGAAAAACGCUGUUAUGAAAGAUAAGGACAGAUUGGAGAAGCUGUUGUCUGGAAGGAGAGAUCCAGAGCAAGGAGGGGUGGAAACUGAAAAUAACUCGUACUUGGGUUACCUGAACCUGGUGAGUCCGAUGGACAGCACAUGCGUGGAACGUUUGCAGGCAGCUGCAAGAGUGGCGGAGAUCAACCAGGCUAGUAGUACUCAGGUGUGGCAAAUGGUGGCCAGAGGUUUAACCCAUCAGCCCACCCCAGAUAAGCACUUCACCAGACCAGUGAUUGAAUCUGAUAGCGGGAAAAGUGGCCUUAUCAUGAAAACCUUAGAGGCAUCACAGGUAGUAAAUACUCCUUACAAGAUGAUGGUAAAGAACGAGUCUGAAACUAUCCAGGCGUAUGUCAGCAAUCUACUGAAAGACAAUCCUCAGGGUACUUCCUCCUCUAGUGGUCUGCAAAAUGGAACAAGUAGCUACAAGGAUAAGUCUUCAGAAUGUACUGAUUGUGGUAGAGUUUUUAAGACAUAUCACCAAAUGGUUGUCCAUUCCAGGGUCCAUAAAAAACCACUGCAAAAUGGAGAGUGGGCCAAAAACUUGGGACUUCCUUCUCUGCCAUCUCUCCACUCCAGUGUUUCAGGGCUGGGUAGUAGUGCUCAGUCUUCAACAGGUUUUCAGCAGGUUGGAGCCAGAUCAGAUGGUAGCCUUUCUUCUCCGGUCCAACCAUUCCAAGGGGACAGUGGUGAGGUCAGAGCAAUGGGAUCCAGCCAGGCGGCCUUGCUGAGGGAGCAAGUUCGAGGAGGAGCAGCAGCAGCAGCAGGGAAGGACUGUCCAUACUGUGGCAAAACAUUUCGAUCUUCUCACCAUCUGAAGGUGCACCUGCGAGUUCACACAGGUGAGAGGCCAUAUAAAUGCCCUCAUUGCAGCUAUGCUGGGACUCAGUCAGGCUCAUUGAAGUACCAUCUGCAGCGUCACCACCGUGAACAGAAGACCAGCAGCCCCUCUUUAUCAGGACUUCCCCAGAUGCCAAAGGAUUUAACUAUCAAAAAGGGUGCAACUCUACACCGAGAUCUCCUAGUUCAGAGUAUAAGGAGUCAAGGUGUGACCUUUUUCACUGGUGCUAACAACCAGCAUUGGUCUGGAAAACUCUUAGUUUGUAAAGGAGCUAGCGGCAAGAGUGACUGCUUGCCUGACAUGGGGUCACGUCAGGCCAAGGAUGCUUUUUCUUCUAAGAGUAAAACCACAGCAAGUUUGCCUAAUUUCACUAAUGUCUUCCAGAGUGUGUCCAGAAGUGAAGUAUCUUUCCAGCAUCCUCUGUUUUCUGUAGCAAAAUCUUCUACUGUUAGCAAUGCAGAGAAGGAAGAGAGCCUGGAUGAACCAGGCGUUAGUAGACCACAGUAUAGUCAGAGGGCAGAGUUCUGGAGCCCUGGAGAUUUUGAGCAAAAUGUUAAGGCUGAAAUGAAAAUCCGAAAUGAACAAAAUGGCACUCCUUGCCAUAGAAUCUCACGUAGAAAACCAGUAACCACAAGCAAGGUUCUUGUAAAUGGAAAACCUGAUUUUGAGCCUCUUGAUUUGUCCUACCGACCCCCAGCGGAAGACUCUGUUGAUGACAUCACUCUUCAUAGGUGUGUUUUCUGCCCAUUCACAACAUCUUCUGUAGAGCUGAUGGCUAUGCAUUUACAGGUGAACCAUACCAGCAAGUCCCGUCGCAAAGACAGGGGAGCAGAUAUCUUCAAAUUAAUGAGUGAUUCUUCUGGAUCUACAAAUUCGGCUGCACGCUUUGGGUUCCCUAGUUCUGUUCUGAAAAGUGUACCUUGCCCAUCUCCUGCUGCCUCUUCGUUCUUCCUUGAGAAAGCCAAGGACAAGCUCUGUGAAACCCCUCCUUUGCACAGUGAACUGAUCCAUGGGGUGGCAGUUCGAAAGUGCUGGAGCUCUCCUGAGGAUUCUGGAAGUUCAUCACCGUCUGGAUCAAGUGAAGCAGAAGAGGCUGCAUUGGCAGAUCAGCUUGCAUUACGAUCUCUCUGUCAAGGUGGAGAACAGCUGUAUGGUAGUGAACAUAUAGAGGACAGCCCGCUAGCUACUGAACUGAGUUCUCCUGCUUCAGUAGUUGAGGAGACUGAUGACACUGUGACGAGUACUGCUGUAGAGCUUCUGCAGACCAGCAAUCCGUCCAGUCAUAGAGAAGGUAUCACAGAUCAGCCUUGCUUUGAUGGAGUAAGGACAUCUUUAGAGGAAGACUACAUGGAAGUCCAGGCCCAGAGUGAUUCUGAUAUUGAAGAUGAGGAUGAUGAUGAUCUUGAUGAGGAGGAUGAUGAUGAAGAUGAUGAUGAUGGAGUAAUGUUGACAGAAGAGCCUGGGAUGCCUUGGAAUGGACUGAGCACUUAAGUUUGAGGAAGCUCUUGCCUCACCUGGAUUGAGUGCUGCUGUUUUCAGUGUUACCAAAUUUCAGAAUGCAGUGUUAAAAUGCUGACUGUUCCCAGUUUAAUCUGGCAGAGUGAGACUUUGCUGGCCAGUCUUAGGAAAUUCCUGUUAGUACUAGUAUAUAUUGAUUGUAUUGGUUCGAGCUUCACUUCUGGUGUUGAACGUGAAAACACAGUUUGCAGUGUCAUGGCACCAGACUGUGGGUGGUUAGUUUGCUUAUCAUCUCUCACGAUCUUCAGAGUGCCAGCUUCAGUGUUACUUGAUGGCAUCCAUUGAAGGAGCACGCAUUUUGUGAUGCCUGUGUGAUGUACCACGAAAGAUGUGGACUUUCAUAGUGUUUGUUACAUAUUUCUCAUGAAGCUAUGUGUCUGCAUUAAGAAGAAAAAAGGGACAAUGUUCCACUAUACAGAUGUCAUGUUUACUUCAAAAAAAAAAUGAAAAAAAAAUCCGAACAGACUUAAAACCCAGCAGUAAAGCUGUUUAAACAGGAUGUUUCUUUUACACAUAGGGAGGUUAAUUUAACCCCUCUUGGGAAAGUAAACACCCCAGGUUUACAAGUAAACCCAGAAAAAAUAUAAAGAUCACAUGAAGAUUUAUUGACCCAAAAAUAAAAAUAUUUCACAUGGAUUUUUGAACAUUAAUUGAAACUUUUAAGUACUACUGAAAACUAAAACCCUCAGUCAAGGGGUCCUGGAAUGCCUUUGCUUGCACUCAGAACCAGCAGGCUGUUGACUUGAACACUGUGGUGACAUGGGUUAGUGUCACAUGACUCUACUGUGCUCAUCUAAGGAUGAGGUAACAUUAGCUAGUAAUAAAAGAAAGACUAACCUGUAUUUAGGCCCAGUAGGAAGGAUGUAGCUCUUAAAAAAAAAAAGGGAGGAGCCAGAGACUUGUGGAAAUGUGGCACUUACAACAAAGCCCUUUAGGACAGCACAGGCUGUUCUCCACCUUCACCCCAAAUUCCUAUCUUCCAGCGGCUUGCAGAGCUACUGUGAAGGCCAGGAAGGACCAGUGCAGUUUCGUCUUUUGAAGACCAGUGGAUGAUGAGGGAGGAGGGGCAUUAGAUUGAAAAUGUGCAAUGUGGGAUUAGAACUGGAUAAGUACAUCACUCUUCAAGUUUUCUCCUCCCUUUAAGGACUUUAGAAAUAUGAGCCGUUUAAAAAUGUAUAAAGAAUUGUAAGAACAGAGUGAGAGAGCUCCUGCCUGCAGCCUAGGGUUACAUGGGUACAUCUUCAUACUGUAAGGGCUGCAUUUUCACGCAUCUCUUUUCUCUGUGGUAUACGUCUUCCCACUGGGAAAUCCGGAAAAAAUAACACUGGAAAGGAAGUUACCUUUCCCCAUUAAUAGAAAAACAAAAGAAAAGUAAUUUGUUUUGACUGGGCAUUACUGAAAUGACAUUGAGAUGUAUGGUCAGUGAUAUUAGGGCAUUAUGUACGUUUUCAGAGUAUUAUUGGACUGAGCUGAAGUCAUUAACAUUGGAAGCAUUACUAAUGUAAUGCUGAUUUGUGUUGGAAUGGGUUGAGCUUGGUUUCUGCUAUAGUAAUAUUGAGUGUUAUUUGGAUACAAGGGAAGAACAGGAUAGAAAAUGAAAUGACAGACUUAUUCAGAGAGUGCCUUAACCAUUUUGUCUGUGCUUCAAAAAAAAAAACAAAACAAAAAAAACAAUUUGCUGAUUUAAGGGUUUGGUCUUACUGCGGCACAACUGUUUUUGGUCAUGUCUUUUGACUAACUGGUUGCGUAAUCUGAAUGGACUCUGUAUUGUAGAAAUGGAUGACACAGGGUAAGCUAGCAGAGGUUCAGACAAGGUUGACAGUUUGCCAGAGAUACCUUAAUCACUUGGUUGAGAUUUUCAUUGUUAGCAGUGGGACAAACACCCUUCCCUCAUAUGGAUUGGAAGGAUCAUGUCCCACCCAUGACGACUUCAUCUGAACAUGUCAAUCUUGUCUGUCACAUCUGUUUUAGCCAAUCAAGUGUCAGCCUUCUUAAGUAUGAAUUAUUUAGCCAGAGUUUUUCAAAAGUUCUGACAGAGGAAAAAGACUGUCAUGUGGUUAAAUUGUAGUACAUAUUACCCCUUUGUAAGUAAUUUUUUUCUCUCAAAAGUCCAUUCCAUUGCUGCCUGUUGUUUUUGUGUGUUAUCAGGUAGAAUUUUUUUUGUUAACACACAUUGCCUUUGUCUAAUUUUUGCCACACCUUCCAAAAAACUGAGUUAUAGCCCUAAGGGUUUGCACCUUUUCUAAAUACACUUACUUAAAAAAGGUCUCACUUUGAAAAUGUACCCCUCCUGUUAAGAGAAGGGGAUAUUUGGAGUUGUGCCUCGUCUGUGCACGUAGAUUAUUGCAAGCCUCAAUCUCCUCAGUAUUGAGCAGGCUGGUUUAAUAUGCUUCCGCACAGCAUGUCUGACUUUGUUCUUUAAAGUGCAGUGUAAAUUCACUAACCGAAGAGGUGUUCUUCGAGCAAGUAAUGACCUUUAUUGGUCAAGCAGAAUACAAAAUUCCCUUCAAUGGCAGUGAUGGAGCAAAGCAAUCUAGGGCAUUACAUCAUGUAUUUCUUUUGAUAAAAGUGAAAUAUGGACUUCUGGGAGAUUGUACACACUGUGCUGUCUUUUGUGCAUUUUCUGUGUAAGCCUUAUCAGAUAUGUUUUAUGUUUCACUACAUUUCUUUUUUUGGACAUUUUUUUUGUUCAUACUGCUGGGUAUUUCUGAAAGCUGAACUUUUCCCUACAUCAUCUUCUGGAAAUUUCUUUGUAUUUAUCCCUUUUAAUUGCUUAUGUCUAAUCACCCAAAGAUUAUCAUUGUGAUACCAUGCUCCAGAGCAGCAUGUUUUUCUGAAAAAUAUUUUUGUCUUGCACCUUCUUUAUGCUGCUGAUUUAUAUGAGUAUCACCUGGCAGGAGUUUUGAGAAUGCAGUAGGAUUUGUACAUCUAACGCUUUCAAGCCGUAUUGGAUGGUAAGUUGUGAUUAUUGCAUGUGCAGUCAUAGAGGGUAAGCGACUUUAUAGCAGGCUGAUUUGCUAUCCAUAAGAGAGGAUUGAGUAGGUGGGUGUGACCUUGUGCCAUCCAACUCAGAUCUGAGGGGUGAGUAGGAUACCCAGAUGCAAAAGUUUAACAUCAUGACACUUGUCUUUCUUGCAUCAGAGUUCAGCAGAAUUUUAAAAACAUCAUGUAGUCACCCUCAAAAAGAAUUGCACAUGUAACACUAUUAUAGCAUCCCCUUAAACAAUAUGCAACAGAACCUACCCAUUCUGUGAGGGAAUUAAGGAAUGCUGGAAGCUAUGUUUCUGUCAGAAUGGAUGGAAUCUGCAUAUUGAUGAAUAGGCUACCCCUCAUCUCAUCACAUUAGGAUAUAUAGUAUCACAGUGGUGACCAUAGUUUUACUGCUUCUGGUACGUCACAAUGUCCAACCAGCUGCAUCUUGGCAUCCAGCAUCUGUCUCUUUCUGUGUCUGAAUGCAAAUCUGCCUUGCCUUUAAGUAUUGAAGCUUUAGUGUUGGUGGAAUCUUGCCUUCUUCUUCUUCUUGUGAAAUAAUUCUGGUUAUUUUAAACUAUUUCCCUCCUUGGUGCACUCUAGCUGACUGCUGUUUAUUUAUUUUUUGUUCCCCUUGCUUCAUCCUGUGAUACCCUAGCCCAGUACCCUGCAUCCAUCACCAGGACUACCAGCAUUCUCUACAUCCCCAGACAUUUUCACUAAGGCCAGCAUGGUACCCAAGGGUGGCCUGCAGGGUCCGGCCAUUGCAUUCUUUGCUGGGGAUUUUAUUUGUGUCCUACCCCAUUUUCUGCUCUCUGCUACAGCCUCUUGGUUUUGUCUGAAGGAGAGGAUGUGAUGGGGACAUGAUGACAGAUCACCUUGCCAACAUGACAACUCAGUGUCCUCACCCUAAUCCCUCUUUGAGCAAUUCCCCUUCUUCACAUGUCCCUGGCACCUACCUGGGAUCAUGUGAGAAAUUCCCUAAUGUCCACCCCCACCAGGAUGAUCACACCCACCCCUCCCCUGCCACUCCGUCAGUCAGCUGAGGCACUAAUUGAAUCUGGGUCAGCUGGCCUGUAGCCGGGGCUUUAUCCCUCUAUGCCACCAGAGCGGCUAGCUGACUUCUCUUUUUAUUGAUAUUAAUGCUGCUACCUUUAUGCUAAAAUGGAUUGAUUCCAGUACUACCUUCACUCAUUCACUCACUGUUCGCUGCGUAGAGAGUAUUAUUACCACCACCCUGAUUUCCAUAGAUGUUUACAGUUUUUGUUCUUGGUUAUUGCUUGAUGUCUUAUUCAUCACUGUUUAAUUUACAUAGUAUGCCAGUAAAGAAGCUAAUGUGAGGGAGUCUUGGUACACCAUGCCACUUUCAAAUCAAGCAUUUUGCUUAUUCAGAGGUUCCAUGUGUCAUAAAGUUUCACGGUGUUAGUUUCUGUGGCUUACUAAAUUCCAGGAGACACUCGGCUCAUUUCAGUCUUAUUUCCAUCUGCUAUGGCUGUAGAUGGCAUCUCAGGGACUUAUAACUCCUUACUGUAAUUUAAGUAAGGUAAACCCUAAAUGCUGUUUCCCGGCUCUCAUAAAGACAAAGCAUUGAACUUCCUUACAUUGGGUGGCACCUCCUUUAUUGUUGUAGCAGAGCAUUGCUGUGUUUCAUCACCUUUAUCAAGUGAGGUUGCAUAUUAACAGACAACAGCUGAGUCAGUUUUGAAAUGCGUUGGCUAUGCAGCAUGUAUACAGUCAUUGCCUAUGACUUAUUUCUGGUGGAUUUGCAUGAAGGCGAUUCCAGUCAGUUGUAUAAUCAAGAUCAGAUCCCUUGGCAUUUCUUUUAUCUCUUUAAUGCCAGUAUAUUAGCCUCUGUGACCUGUUCUGAUUCUGUUGUUAGCAUCUGCAUGACCAGCAUGUGGCGCGGUUUUAUUUUUGAUGUACAUUUUUUGUGUCUAGAGGAGCAACCAGAACUUUUUUUUUAGUGCCACCUGAUAGCUCCGGCUCUCCUGCCCCUCCCCCAACUUUGACACCACUGUCCUGAUUACCAUCUGGUAACAUUUCUUAUCCUUUUUUCGCCGUACCAUUAAUAACCUUUUAGUGCACUUCAGAUGGAAGAGGGUCAAGAACAGUGAGGGACAGCAGUAAACUGCAGGAGCUGGGCUGUUUUUAAUUCUACCCUCUCUGUCAUACUCUGGAGUUAUGAAUGUGCACAAACUUGAAGUGUGUUUUUGUGAUUGUGCAUUCCUGUAUAUGCCUCCUCCUGCUGGUACUGUUGGCAUUGUAUGCCAUCUCCCAAUCCCGAUCACCCCCCAACACACACACACUGGAAGGUAGUGUAGUCAGAUGUCCUACCUCAUUGUUCCAAGUGUGCCCCAUUGAAGGAGGUGAGUAGUCAUACAGCUGUAUUCUUCACCUGCUUCCACAUAGCCUCUAGCUGCAGGAAUUUUGUUUGUUUGAUUCACUAACAUUGCAUGCAUUUGCUUUGUCCCAUACUGUUGGUUUUCUGAUCCAUUUUCUUUUGAAUCUUUCUUUUUAUUUUUUUAUUUAUUUUAAUUUUGCAGUGACUGAACCCAGUUGUCAUGUCUAAUCCUUGUAUCUCUCUUUCACGUUCUCUCUGCAAGCAUGCCUAAAGGACAGUUGGUGUACUCCUCAUUUGAAAUGUGAUCUAUAAUGAAACAUCCCACGUGUGCUGUUCCAUCCAUUUUAUGAACUGCAUGUACGAACGUGUCAUAUAUGGAGAUGAGCUUUGGGUAGGUGCUGUUUGCUGUGUUUGUGGUAAAGGAGAGUAGCUCAGGUGUUGUCUUUGGGUGCAGUCAGGUGGCAGGUGGAGUGGAGGUAUACAUCACUUGUGUAGUAGUGAUCUUUUUUAAAUUAUCUGAUACAGAUGGUUAGACAGACACGGGAGCUGCUGCUGCAGUCAGGUGUGCUGAUAGAUGUUGAGGGUUUUACAACAGGAAAUGGUUGUGUUUUAUCUACUAAUGUGAUCACUGUGCAUACCUGAAGUGUAACAUUGUUGAAGGGAAUGCCAUCUCUUAUACUACUUAAGAGCGUGUGUCACACACAAGUGCUGAGCUUAAGUACACUGACCACUUGAUGCCACUUCAUUUGUCCCUGCAUCCUGUUUGCCUUGUCUGGAUUGUUUGCACGCUGUCCUGUCAGUCAUUUGUGUAUGCUGUUUGUAAGUGCUUAGUUGUACCUCUUGAGUGUAAUACUUAAUACAAAUUUUGGGUUGCAGAAAGAUCAGGGACCUAGGUGAUCUAAUUCUUCUAGCCGUUUAUGUUAAGUCGAUACAACUGUGUUAUACUGAAAAUCCCAUUCUGUUUGCAACCAUGCAUAUGUUAGAUAUUCUGAUAUUGCUUGCAGAAGUAGCUGAACCCCAUCCGAAUGGGUGUCAGCUCAAUUGUCAUCUUUUCUGAUUAGAAUGGUUUGCCGUUUAACUGAUUCAAAAGCAAGGGAAAAAAAACAGGGGAAGAACUGUUCUCCAGCAUCUGUGCUUUUCCUUCAUUUUCUAAGUAAUCAGUUGUUGUUGUGUCUUUUGGCUUUUCCCGGUUAGGGGUGGCCACAGCGGAA